GCUGGCCCCCGCCUCGCCCACUUCGGUCAGGCGACUGAGCAAUGGGCUGGCAGAGGAGGAGGAGAAGGGGACUGGAUCUGAAGGAAGGAGCAGGAGGGGGAGGCCAAUAUGGCUCCAUGAGGGGCAGGUUCCUAACCUGAAAAUCAAAAAGGAAUCCUACAAACAGUGGAAAUAGAGACCGUUUGCUAAGGGGAUGUGCCAAUGAAUAGCACAAGCCUACAGGGACAAAAUCAGAAAGGCGAAGGCACGAAAUGAGUUAUGCCUAGCACCGGACAUAAGUGAGUGGAAUUGCUGACUCUGCUGUGCUCAUCCAAAUGGCAAAAUGGGAAGAUCUAUGGGUCCCAAGUUUCCAGGACUUCAAGGAAAGGAAACUCUCAAAAGACACCCACACAGCAGAUGAUGAGAUUGCAAGUGAGAGCGAAGAGGAUGACAGUCCUCAGCCAGAAGGGCCUGAGAAAGUGGAGCCUCAUGGGACGUUCUCAAGAAGAUCCAAAUCAAAUGUUUCCCAGAAUCAGCAGAGCUCAGAAAAGCAGCCGCAAAAGCCUGCAGGGAAGAGACGGGGUAAGUCUGCUCCCCAGGAGAGAGCUUUGGGGAAGCAGCAGAGAAUCCACAAAGGGGAGGUGCCCAAUGCGUGUCUGGAGUGUGGGAAAGUCUUUGGCCGGAAAUCGCAUCUCAUUCGACACCAGAGAACUCACCGGCGAGAGAAGCCGACCAUUUGUAAUGAGUGCGGGAAGAGCUUCAGUCGCAGCUCAACCCUCAUUGAGCACCAGAGAACCCACACAGGCGAGAAGCCCUACAAAUGCACUGAGUGUGGGAAGAGCUUCAGCCAGAGCUCCCACCUCAUCACGCACCAGAGGAUCCACACCGGCGAAAAGCCCUACCAGUGCACUAUAUGCGGGAAGCGCUUCCACCAGAACUCGCAUCUCCUGACCCACCAGAGAACCCACACGGGUGAGAAGCCCUACCAGUGUACCCAGUGCUGGGAGCGCUUCAGCCGCAGUUACACCCUGACCCGACAUCAGCGGAGCCAUACGGGGGAGCGGCCCUAUCAGUGCCCUGACUGUGGCAAAUGCUUCAGCCUCAACUCCACCCUCCUCAGCCACCAGAGAACACACACGGGCGAGAAGCCCUACAAAUGCUCUAAGUGCGGUAAGAGCUUCACACGGAGCUCCACGCUCGUCCAGCACCAGAGAACGCACAUAGGGGACAAGAUCUAUACGUGCCCCUGCUGCAACAAGGUGGCCUGCUCUAGCCUGUUCUUCUGAGUCGGGCUGCGGGACCUGCUCCAGCGUGUCCUUCUGAGCCCGGGCACGGGACCACUUCAGCCUGCCAUAGGAUUCCUCUUUUCCUGUUUGUGGUUAGAUCCUAAAGAGCAGGGACUGCCUAGGCACUUGGAGAUGCUUUUCCUGUAGGAACCACGCGAGCACAGCUCCUCAACAGGGAAAAGCUCACACUUUCGUUUUAGUUCAGCGACUUUCCCUCGUGUGCAUGUGCAUGCUGGAGGAAUGUAAUACUUCCCUUACAUCUCCCUCCUGAUUUCAUAAUACUGUGCACUUCAAUGCAUUUAAGGAUCUCGGUGCUUCACACACACGAAUGAAGUAGGCCUCCCACAGGUUUGAGAGAGAGGGACAUUUUAAAAAUAAAAAAGGGAGGUGAUGUGACAUCAGUGAGUCACCAGCAGAGCUGUCACGCUCCCCAGCCAGAAUUCCUCACUUGUCCCGUAUUGCUGUCGUGUUCCCUGUGUGAGAAAGGAGAAAAGCGAGGGCAAAGUCCCUUUUCGUGAGGUCUGCAAGCUCUGCCAAAAUACAUUCCUGGGGCUCUUUUGCUCAUGAACCUCCCAGCCUUGAAGUUCUCUGGGUGUGAUGAAAGUCAGUCCGUAUGACCUUCACACAGGGCGAGAGUUUCUCUUCCUUGGUGAAAGAGCACUGCUACUCUGCCGUAGUGGGCAAUGCCAGUGACUGUGGUGUGGAGGGCUCUAAGAAAAGCAGACCAGAUCAUAGCAGAACAGCCUUCCAGAGUUAACACACCUGGAGUUUGUUCCCUGUUUUGUUGGUAGUGGGGAGGAAACCUUUUCCUUUUUGUACGUUGUACCUCUUUAUAUUGUUGAUAAAGAAACCUGAUAAUUAAGCUCAGGAGAGAUGCAGUUGUAUGAUAAUCUCUCUGUCUUGUUUGACCUAACAUAUUUCUGAUAGGAAUUGUUCAUUGUUUCUUUAAAGCCCAAUUGAAUUGUAUGGACCCACAAUAGCAUAGAAAAGGCCUGGAAAAGUACCUGCUUCACUUCUGACCAAAGUCCUUGUGGAGCAAGUAAAUCCAACUCUUUCCUCUGAAGUCAGCUGAUCUGCAACUUCUUCAGGAUUGUCUUUGCUGCAGAGUUAGCUCUUACCGGGUGUUGCCCCUAAUCUCAUCUCCCAUACAACCCUCUCACACAAGUUAAUUGUGCUUUCUGUCCCAGCUAACUGGCGUGGCUACAGCUGCAGGUUGGAGCCUGGGUACUACUUUCACUUGGACUGGUAACCCGCCCAUUUGCAAUGAAGAUGCAAGCUAAAUCACUCGAGCACUGAUAGUCUUCCAAUGCCUUCCCAUAAUUCCACUGUGUGCCCUGAAGGACUGACCAGUUCGCUAGGAGAAAAUCAGAGUGGCUGAUCUUACUGCAGCACCAAAAAACCAUGGGAUGGACUUCUAGAAGUCCUAGCAAUACAUGCGAAGCACCAAUAAGGACACUGUAAUGUGGGUGUGGAUUUAUAGGGUGGUCACUCACGCCUGGCUGCUCAUGACCCAAGCUAACUGUGCAGUGAAGAAUACUCUAAGGCUUUUUUUUGAGCUGUGUCUUAAACCAGUGGUUCUCAACCUUUCCAGACUACUGUACCCCUGAAUGAGACCCGCCGCACAGGGCUAAAGCCCGAACCCUGCUGCCCAGGGCUGAAGCAUGUAACUUAGGUUCAGGUGGCCCCAGGCAACUGCCCUGCUUGCCAUCCCCUAAUGCCAGCUCUGCACUUGCAACCCCCUUAAACCCGUCCCACGACCCCCGUGGGGGUUUCAGCCCACAAGUUGAGAAACACGGAUCUAGAUCAGUUGACGUACCCCCUGAAAGACCUCUGCGUACCCCAGGGAUAUACGUCUGGUUAAGAACCACUGUGUUAAACCAUCUACAUUUGAAAAUGCCGAGUCACCAGCUGGGAGACGGUUCUGAAUGCAAGAAAAGCUUCAGUCUUGACUCAACACUUGACUGCCACCAGGGAACCAUAAAUGGGCUGCAAACUGUCUCCCUCUUCCUGGCAAGAACUCCCGCAGUUUGCUGAACUCCCUGUAUGAUGUUUAGCUACCAGCUUAGGACUGGCUUAAAAUGAUGAUACUUUAUCUUCUACAAAAAAAUCAGCGUUGAGCGAGCGGCUAGAAAAUGAAAAUUAGGUGGUCCUGCAGUUAUCAGAAGAGCCGGGAUGGAACUGAAAGAGAUGCUUGAACAGGAGCCAGUGUUGAAGUUCUACAUAAGUGGAAGGCCUAUGAAAAUCUUAAUAGGUGCCUCACAAUUUGAUUUCGGGGAAGUCAUUUUGCAGUCGUGGGAAGCAAGUUGACAGCUUACAGUUUAUGCAUUCAGGUCACAGAGGUGCAGAAACUAGAUGCACAAAUACAAACAGACCUGUUAGGGAUAUUGCUUAAGUGCUAAGAGAAAUUUUGACCGGCGAGCAAAGGCUGAAACACAUCCAGAUCUCUGAUACCAUAUUACCUGUUCUAUAAGGAUGCAAAGUAUGACGAUAAAGCUACAGAUGUGAGAGAAAGCUGUGUCGUAGUAAUGAAGUGUUGCCGGCUGCUGCCCUAUCCAUACUUGCUGUGUUAGAGAAAGGAGCCGAGGAAGCGAGAGUUGGAGAUAAAACCUUGGUGAUCCCUUCUCACAGCAAGUGAAAGGCCACAAAGAGGGAAAACGCUGAAUGAAACAAUUAUGAAAGGACGGCCAAAGGUAACGCACAGCAGUCAGCAAGGGACUAUGGAGGUUACAGAUAUAAAUGUACAGCAGUGAAUGGCAUGAUUGUUCAUAGACAUAAAA